AUGUUUUGUUUGGCCGACAAUAUAAUGUUUGACCGGUCAGUGAUGUCCCGAUUAUCGUCGAUAUCCCUCUUGAGUCCGUCUUCGGCCGACUAUAUCACAGAAGUGUUUGAAAUGGUGAGCAAAUGGAUGGACCAAUUGGUGGCCUUUUAUCUGUCAAACCCGCGCUCAUUUGUGGCCAUCAUUUUUGCCAUCAUUUUUAUCACUUAUUACUUGAGACAAGUGGUCAGAAAACCGGCAUUUUUCUGUUCAGACGGAAAGUUUCGGUGGUUUUUAUUGGCAAAUGUGGACAAAAUACAAGAGAAAUAUUGGCCACCGAUUUGGGCCAUUCAGACACACGUUCAGACAGCUCUGGCCAACUAUCUUCGCGGCCGACUCCCGGACCUAACAUAUCGGAGUUGCAAAGAAAAUAUCUGGACGUCAGACGGAGGGCUCAUAUCAAUCGAUUGGUACGAACCCGAGGGUGAAAAGUGUGGCGCCGAACCGGUGGCCAGCAGUUCCAACACAUUCUCUGAUGAGGCCAAACCCAUCGCACUAUUCCUGCCCGGAUUGACGGGUGACUCGCAAACAGAAUAUGUUAAGAGUAUGGUUCCGGUGGCCCACGAAGCCGGCUAUAGGUCUGUGGUGUUUAACAACAGAGGCCGCGGAAACAUGAAACUAUUAACGCCUCGGUUCUACUGCGCGGCCAACUACGAGGACCUGAAGUUAGCGCUCGAACACAUUCGCCGCCAGAAUCCCGACUCGAAAAUAGUGGCCACCGGUAUAUCGUUGGGCGGUAUAGUGUUGGGCCGUUACCUCAUUGACUACGGCGACGCCGCGCUCGUCGACGCCGCUCUACUCAUAUCUGUUUGUUGGGAUCUAUUGGCCGGCGCCGAGAGUCUCGAGAAGCCGGGCCUUAACUUUAAACUAAACCAACACUUGACGAGAUCUCUAUGCGGUAUCAUAUCUGAGAACCGGGAUAUCUUCAGUACAUUACCCAAAGUCAAUGUCGACGACGUGUUGCUCAGCAAGAAUUUGCGCGAAUUUGAUAGUAAUUUCACAGUCAAAAUGUGGGGCUUUAAAAGUGUCAAAGACUACUACUCCCAGUCAAGCCAUAAGGGAAAGCUCUGUUGCAUUAAACGGCCGACACUAUGCGUCAAUGCGGCCGACGAUAUGUUUGCUCCCGUUUGUGGUUAUUAUGGAAAUACACUACCUGUUGAUGAAGUGGAAGAGAGCAGUCACGUGGCAAUGAUAGUGACCUCCCGGGGCGGACACAUCGGCUUUAUGGAAGCUGCGGAACCGCACAAAUAUAACGUUACGACCUAUCAUCAAACAGACCUCCCGUUACCCGAACUCAUCGGUGCGUCCGAUAUAUUGACUGAAGAGCUCCGCAAAAAGCUGUGUCGACACCUUCCGGCCCGCGCCGAGGGGUACUCGUGGUCACUGAUCUACAGCUCCGCCAAACAUGGCUUCAGUCUGAAGACACUGUACCGCGAGAUGAAUAAGUUUGAGAGUCCCGUCCUUAUGGUGAUUGAGGACACCUUCGGCACAGUUUUUGGUGCACUCAUAUCGUGUUGCCUACGAGUGAGUGAACACUUCUACGGUACGGGCGAAACGUUUUUGUUUACAUUCGGUGUUGAGGGACGGCUACAGGUGUUCCCGUGGACGGGAGAGAACCUGUUCUUCGUGAAGGGCGACCAAAACAGUAUAUCGUUCGGCGCCGGAGACGGUAACUUUGGUCUCUGGCUCGACGGUGACCUCUUCCACGGCCGCUCCCAUCCGUGCAAAACCUUCGGAAACCCCAGUCUUUCCAUUGAAGAGGACUUUGUUGUGAAAGCGCUCGAGUGUUGGGCUUUUGUUUGAGAAUCAAUCUCAUCGUUAUAUACACUACUAAUUGAGACUCAUUUAGGAUUUCGCAAAAACAAUACUUCAAUUCCAACGCAUUUCUCAAACAAUUCAUUAAUAACUCAAACGAAAGCGAAAACAAGCGUUUAAUACAAAUGUCAAUCUCUGGGCUAUUGAAUGGAUUUAUUGCCGGAAUCCGUAUAUAUUUUUCUAUAGAUUCCAAACAAAACUAAUUAUAUAUUAUAUUAACUAUUAGUGGGAAGAAUAUUAUGGUUAAUAUUAUUGUUAACUACUAGUCAUUAAUGUUAGACAAGAAGAGAUACCUUAAAAUGUUUACGAAUUGUCAAAUGAAUUGUUAUUUUAUGAUAAAAACGGACAUCAAUUGUGAGCUUCACUCAUGAAGAAUAAUCUAUUGAAAAACAAUCCAUUUUUGGUGCUAUAAAACCAAUGAAUACAAAAUACAGUUCACAAAAAACCGAUGAUAUGUUUUUUACAUAUAAUUUGCAUAUAUUUAUAGAAGAGUUUGGUUUUGUUGUUGUGUUAAACGAGUGAACGCUAAACAACGCUUACAAAUGACUAUUUAUUUAAUGAUUAAUACAUUUUUGUUGUGAAUUAAACGUGGAAUCGAUUUAUGCGAUGAUUUGUUUUUGUCAAUCAAAACGAGUGAACGAAAUGACAAUGAAAUGGAUUAAUAAAUCGAUUCCACAACUGAUGGCAAUCAUCCAAAAACAUAAUACAAAAUACAACACAAAUAUAUAUUCAAAUUAAUCAUAAGAUUUCAAAGUAUUUCAAAUACGAAGAGGAAUAUUAACCGUCCGUUUGAAAGGGCGGCCAAAUUGUGUUCAAAUGAAUGGCAAA